AUGGCACCCAAAUACGCAAAAGAUCAGCAUCAUGGCUUCGUCAAUCACGUCGAGAGCGUAGCCGUCGUCGGGGCGAGUGGCCAAUUGGGGCGACACAUCACAGAGCAUCUCCUCAAAACAGGAAAGCACUCGGUCACUGCAUUGACUCGCAAGGGCGGCAAUGCCACUUUUCCCGCCGAAGUAAAGGUGGCGCCGGUCGACUAUGGUGACGAAACGUCGCUCAUAUCGGCUUUGAGGGGCCACGACUUCCUGAUCAUUUCGCUCGCCUUCACGCCGGAUAUGGGCGAGACGCACGGCAAAAUCGUACGAGCUGCAGUCAAGGCUGGAGUACCGCACCUCAUCCCAAACGCGUAUACAACUGAUGUUGUGUUAGACCAUCAGUCCGUCGGGGACGAGAUCGGCGUGGGCACCUUCAUUCGGAAGUUGCUGGAGGAUAUCGACGCGGUCGGAUCAAUCUCAUGGACGUUGCUUGUUACGGGACUCUGGUACGAGUUCAGCGUGGCAAGCCCCCCAGACUGGCUGGGCUUCGACCUGAGGGGACGCAAGGUGCAAAUGUUUGACGAUGGCCAGCGCCGGAUUAACAUGAGCACGUGGCCACAGCUGGGGCGGGCCGUAGCUGCUCUUCUGAGCCUGAAGAAGGUUCCUGAGGACGAACAAGACGUCGCCUCCACGACACUGGAGCAUUUUCGGAACAAGCCUUUGUACGUGUCGAGUUUCCUGGUCAACCAGCGCGAGAUACUUGACAGCGUCGAGCGUGCCACCAACACCACUGACGUCGACUGGGAUAUCACGCACGAGUCCACCUCUGAGCGCGUUGCUGUCGGCAGGGAGCAGUUCUCCAAAGGCAACCUACGUGGCAUGGCCAAGGUGUACUACGCUCGCUUGCACUACCCAGGAAGCGAAGCAGUCUACGAACACAAGCUGCACAACGAUGUUCUUGACCUGCCAAAGGAAAGCCUGGAUGAUGCUACUAAAGCCGCUCUGAAACUGUCCCAGUCAGGAUGGACUCCGGACGGGCAGUAA